AUGGAUCAACCAAUUCGUAUGGACUACAAUGACAUUCAUCCCUAUCAAGAUCUCAGUAAAGCAUUGCACCAACCUCCCGGUCAAGUCUUUUUUCCUUCUGGUCCCGGCCAUUUCGACAAUAACGACGUCUACGCGGGUAGAAAUGAACUGAUAAAUCCCACACCUUACGGAUACGUUGAAAACAAUGAUUUAACCUAUUACAAUUCACUCCCGGUUUAUCAUCCACCCCCUCAACCAUUAGCUCAAACACCAUCUACAUCGACUCCUUCCAACAACGCUGGCAUGAUGACAAACUCCAAGAGCCACGUACACGUAGUAAUUAUUACGAAUGCUGAUAUUGAUCUGGAACAAUUAUUAUUCCUUCCCUCCAUCCCCAAGGGGCAUGCAUUUGACGAAGGAUUAGAAGACCUGCAUGUUGCAGCAACCUAG